ACUGCAGCAGCUGCCAGCGUGCACUGAUUAUGCUCAGCAUGUUAGUCGUUGUCAUCGCUGUGAUAUCCGGCAAUGGAGUGCUUGCCGCUCAGCGGGACUCGUAUAAAUCAAAGGAUGUGAGCAGCAGUAAUAAUGCCAUACCAAAUGAGGGCGAUGCGGCUGCAGCUGCUGCUGUGAAUGGUGUUCCCGGAACCGGAAGUAUGAGCAGCAAUACUAACAUCAACGGAAACUACACAACUAGCCAUGUAACAGCCACCGGCUCAAUGACAACUGACAUCAGCUCCAGCUCCAGCUCUAGCACUAGCUCUAUUCCGAACUCUGGCUCCGGUUCGGGGGUACCAGCAACAACAACAACAACCACAAUAAGUGGCAUUGCCAGCGGCAGUCUGCACAAAGGCAACUCAAUAGCCUCACUUGCAGCCGCAUCCGGCAUUAAUCGCAACAGCAUCGAUCUGAUUGACGACUCACGCAAUAGUGGACCCUAUUUCGAUAGGAACGCUUCGAAAAAUGUCACCGCGCUGCUCGGCAAAACGGCCUAUUUGAAUUGUCGGGUCAAGAAUCUGGGCAACAAAACGAUGUUGCUGCAGGUUUCGUGGGUGCGACAUCGGGACAUCCAUUUGCUCACAGUCGGUCGUUAUACGUACACCUCCGAUCAGCGCUUUCGGGCCAUACAUCAACCGCAAACGGAAGACUGGAUGCUACAAAUCAAAUAUCCGCAACACCGCGAUUCCGGCAUCUAUGAGUGCCAAGUGUCGACAACACCCCACAUGAGUCACUACAUUCACUUGACUGUUGUUGAGCCCUCAACGGAAAUUAUCGGCGCACCAGAUUUGUAUAUAGAAAGCGGUUCGACUAUAAAUCUCACCUGUGUCAUACUCAAUUCACCGGAGCCGCCGGCCUAUAUCUUUUGGAAUCACAACAACGCUAUAAUCAACUAUGAUUCGCCACGGGGCGGCGUCUCGGUUGUUACCAACAAAGGUGACACGACGACAUCGUUCCUGCUGAUUAAAUCAGCGCGUCCAUCGGACUCCGGGCACUAUCAAUGUAAUCCAUCAAAUGCAAAGCCCAAAAGCGUAACGGUACAUGUGCUGAAUGGGGAGUUCCCAGCAGCAAUGCAGCACGCGGCACCAGCCCAUCCUCCCAUGUCUCCGCAUCGCUAUCUCUUAGUGUACCUGUUUGUGUGCUUCUCCAGUUUGGCAUUUGUCAGGCACUCCAUGCGGCCCUCAGCGGUGCAGCCGCGGCAGCGACGUCGACGCUGCAGUUUCGACUUGCCACAACCAGAGGGGGCAGCAGCAACAGCAACAGCAGCAGCAGCAGCAGCAGCAGUAGCAGUUGCAGAUACAUCCUCGAAUGUAUUUUAAGUCUGCUGUCCUCGCUGCUCAGUGUCGCAUGGCAUUGGCGAGGGCGUGGCCCACAUCAACAAC